AUGUUUCUGACAGUAUUGCUGCCUAUCUUCUUCAGUUUUCUGCGAUGUACAGCUUUUGAAGGAAAUUAUUGGCCCCACUUCCUUCUCCAAAGACAGAAGGAAUCUCUGCAAAGAAUUUUGGGCAAGGAUUCCUGUUCUACCUGGGGUGGAGGGCAUUUCUCAACCUUUGAUAAAUACCAGUAUGACUUCACUGGGACCUGCAACUAUAUCUUUGCUACCAUAUGCGAUGAAACCAGCCCAGACUUCAACAUUCAGUUCCGCCGUGGGCUGAACAAAAAAAUUGCAAGGAUCAUUAUUGAGCUGGGACCUUCUGUCAUCACUGUUGAGAAAGGCAGCAUUUCAGUCAGAAGUGUUGGUGUCGUUAAAUUGCCUUAUACCAGCAAUGGAAUUCAGAUAGCGCCUUAUGGGCGUAACAUCCGCCUGGUGGCCAAGAUGAUGGAGAUGGAGCUAGUCGUCAUGUGGAACAAUGAUGACUAUCUCAUGGUUUUGACUGAGAAAAAAUAUAUGGGGAAAACCUGUGGAAUGUGUGGAAAUUAUGAUGGCCAAGAGCUGAAUGAUUUUAUGAAUGAAGGUAAAUUGCUGGAUACAUACAAAUUUGCUGCGUUACAAAAAAUGGAUGAUCCAUCAGAGAUCUGCCUGUCUGAGGAGAUAUCAAUUUCCGCCAUUCGUCACAAAAAAUAUGCAAUGAUCUGCUCCCAGCUACUCAACCUGGUGUCACCAACCUGCAGUGUGCCAAAGGACGGGUUUAUUGUUCGCUGUCAGCUUGAUAUGCAGGACUGCAGUGAGCCAGGACAAAACAAUUGUACUUGCUCUACCCUGUCAGAGUAUUCAAGACAAUGUGCUAUGUCCCAUCAAAUGGUGUUAAACUGGAGGAAUGAAAACUUCUGCUCUGUGGGAAAAUGUUCUGCUAACCAAAUCUAUGAGGAAUGUGGUUCUCCAUGUGUUAAAACCUGUUCCAACCCAGAGUACAGCUGUUCCAGUCACUGUACCUAUGGUUGCUUUUGUCCAGAAGGGACUGUUCUUGAUGACAUCUCAAAGAAUCGAACAUGUGUUCACAUUAAGCAGUGCCCAUGUUCACUCAAUGGGAAAAAAUAUGCUCCUGGUGAGACAAUGAAAGCAGCAUGUAGAAGUUGUAAAUGUACAAUGGGUCAGUGGAACUGCAUAGACUUACCUUGCCCUGGAAGGUGUUCUCUGGAAGGAGGAUCCUUUGUUACCACGUUUGAUUCUAGAUCCUACAGGUUCCAUGGAGUUUGCACUUAUGUUCUUAUGAAGAGUUCCAGCCUGCCACACAAUGGAACCCUAAUGGCUGUGUAUGGGAAGUCUGGUUACUCUCAUUCUGAGACAUCACUUAGUGCUCUAAUUUACCUGUCAACAAAGGACAAAAUUGUGAUUUCUCAAAAUGAACUCCUUACUGAUGAUGAUGAACUGAAGCGGCUACCUUACAGAUCAGGUGACAUCACUAUUUUCAAACAGUCCUCAGUCUACAUUCAAAUGUAUACAACCUUUGGGCUAGAACUUGUAGUUCAAACAUCACCUGUGUUCCAGGCUCAUGUGAAAGUUGGACAACAGUUCAAAGGCAGAACCCGAGGUUUGUGUGGCAAUUACAAUGGAGACACGACAGAUGACUUCAUGACUAGCAUGGAUAUCACUGAAGGGACAGCUUCCCUGUUUGUAGAUUCCUGGAGGGCAGGAAAUUGUCAGCCUGCUUUAGAGAGAGAGACUGACCCUUGUGCUAUGAGUCAACUGAACAAAAUAUCUGCUGAGACUCAUUGCUCUGUUCUUACUAAGAAGGGUACAGUGUUUGAGAAAUGCCAUGCUGUGGUGAACCCUAUUCCUUUCUAUAAGAGAUGCGUCUACCAAGCCUGUAAUUAUGAGGAGACUUUUCCCUAUAUUUGUUCUGCUCUGGGAUCAUACGCACGAGUGUGUAGUUCAAUGGGUUUAAUCCUUGAAAACUGGAGAAACAGUAUGGACAAUUGCACCAUUACUUGUACUGGCAAUCAAACGUUCAGCUACAAUGCUCAGGCAUGUGACAGGACAUGCUUGUCACUCUCCAAUCGAGCCCUGGAAUGCCAUCCGACUGACAUUCCAAUUGAAGGCUGCCAUUGUCCUAAAGGAAUGUACUUAAACCACAAAAAUGAAUGUGUUCGUAAAUCUCAUUGUCCCUGCUAUUUAGAAGAUAGAAAAUACAUUUUACCAGACCAGUCAACAAUAACUGGUGGGAUUACCUGCUACUGUGUUAAUGGGAGGCUAAGUUGCACUGGCAAACCUCAAAAUCCUGCAGAAAGCUGCAAAGCUCCUAAGAAAUAUAUAUCAUGUUCUGACAGGUUAGAAAACAAGUAUGGAGCUACAUGUGCCCCUACCUGUCAGAUGUUAGCCACUGGAAUUGACUGUGUACCUACUAAAUGUGAAUCAGGCUGUGUCUGUACUAACGGGCUAUAUGAGAAUCUUGAUGGCAGGUGUGUACCAGCUGAAGAGUGUCCCUGUGAAUAUGGUGGUCUUGCUUAUGGAAGAGAUGAGCAGAUCCAUACUGAAUGUGAGAUUUGCACUUGCACAAGAGGCAAAUGGAAAUGUGUUCAGAAGUCUAGGUGUUCCUCAACAUGUAAUCUCUAUGGAGAAGGUCACAUUACCACUUUUGAUGGACAGCGCUUUGUGUUUGACGGGAACUGUGAAUACAUACUAGCUAUGGAUGGCUGCAGUGUUAAUAGACCUCUUUCCUCCUUUAAAAUUGUAACGGAGAAUGUCAUCUGUGGGAAAUCUGGGGUUACUUGCUCCAGAUCCAUCUACAUUUACCUUGGGAACAUGACAUUCAUACUGCGAGAUGAAACCUUCUCUGUUUCUGGGGAAAAUCCUCUAGUGCGAUAUAAAGUGAAAAGAAAUGCCCUUCAUGUGAUGUUCGAUAUUGUUAUCCCAGGAAAAUACAACAUGACCCUUAUCUGGAACAAGCACAUGAACUUCUUCAUCAAGAUCUCCAGAGAAACACAGGAAACUAUCUGUGGCCUGUGUGGGAACUAUAAUGGCAAUAUGAAAGAUGACUUUGAGACUCGAAGCAAGUAUGUGGCAUCAAAUGAAUUGGAGUUUGUCAAUUCUUGGAAAGAGAAUCCUCUCUGUGGGGAUGUGUACUUUGUAGUGGACCCCUGUAGCAAGAACCCUUACCGAAAAGCCUGGGCAGAAAAGACAUGUUCCAUCAUCAACAGCCAAGUUUUUUCUGCCUGUCACAAUAAGGUGAACCGUAUGCCCUAUUAUGAGGCCUGUGUCCGAGACUCUUGUGGUUGUGACAUUGGAGGGGAUUGCGAGUGCAUGUGUGAUGCUGUUGCAGUGUAUGCCAUGGCAUGCUUAGAUAAAGGUCUCUGCAUUGACUGGAGGACCCCUGAGUUCUGUCCUGUCUAUUGUGACUAUUACAAUUCUCAUAAAAAAUCAGGAAGUGAGACUGCUUACUCUUAUGACUAUAGCAGUGACAACUGCACCUGGCACUACAGACCAUGUAACUGUCCAAAUCAAAACUACAAAUAUGUCAACAUUGAAGGCUGUUACAACUGUUCUCAUGAUGAAUACUUUGACCAUGAGAAGGGACAAUGCAUGCCAUGUGCAGAGGAAAGCACUACUACUACACCUGAGACAUCUUCACCUUCAACAGUGGUGACUGUGCAACCUAAAGUAACAAGAGGCUCUACUUCAGUCACAAUACCGAUGACUGUGCUGCCAACAGCACCAAGUACUUUUUCUGCAGCUACUAUAUCAACAGAGACCACUACUCCAACAAUAACUUCAAAAAUCACAAUUCCAAGAACAUCAUCAGCAUCACUUCUUGUUACAGUCAAGUCAACAACUGAACAUACAACAUCAGUUUUUAUCACACCAACCAUGACCACAACAAUGGCUACACCUUCCGUAACUACCUCAACAGAAAGAGCCAUGACCAUGAAACUGAAGCCUACACCUACUGCCUCAGCAACCACUCCAUCAGCAGAGACAGAAAAACUAAGGUUUACCACACCACCCACCAAGACCACUAUCAAAAGGAAAUCAACCACAUCAGUACCUGCUCCUACUACAUCUCAGAUUGCAACUUUCAGAAAGCCUAAACUAACAACACUAGGAGCCCAGGCUACAUUCUACACCACUGGGAAACCAAUAAGUGAGUGCUGCGGCUGGAAGGGUGGUAAGAGUCGCCCAUUGCUUGAGCCAGUUCCUACGUUAGCCAAUAUCAUGGUGUUUCCUCACCCAGACUGCAGCAGGCAGACCUUACUCUCCUUCAGCCACUUGGAUGGAGUCACAUACAUCCAUAAAGACUUUUCUUCCUUGCUCAGGAGCUCCAGGAAGAGGCAGGAGGAGCUCACUUGGUGGUGGGCAUCCCUCAGGCCCCGUCCCUGCCCCGCAUGUCAGGACAGAAGGAGGUCAUGGACACGGCCCCAGGCAUUGCCCCAUUCCUCCCUCUGUGCCUCCCAAGACUGGGAGAGGCCCAAGCCUGCCUUUCCUCUCGCUGCCCCCCAAGCGGGGCUUGGUGCUGAGACAACUGCUUGCCUCGCUUGCCUUCCGCCUCUUCCCUACCGCUGUCAGUCAUGCUGCACUUUCCUCCCGGCAGCCGUCACCCAUAAAAAGACAACCGUGCUGCCUCUGACCACCCGGAGGACCACCCCGGCCACUUCCGUCAGCAGCACCUCCAAGACCUCUGUGUCCAGAGAGACCAGCCCCACCAGCAGCCCCAAAGUGCCGCUGACAAGGACAACUCGGAUCCCCAGCUCUCCUCCCUCCACCUCGGCCUCCAGCACGCCGCUCAGCACGCACCUGCCAUUUGCCGCCCCGUCCACAGUCUCAACCACGUCUCCCACAACAACUAGGCCAAAGCUCACACCUACAACACUAACGUCCAGAGCCUCUCCCACCACGACCAGUGUUUCAACAGAGACACUGCCAGCUGAGUCCUUUGCACCUACAACGGCCAAAACGAGCCCCCUCCCGUCGUCUGCUCCUCCCCUCUCCUCAACUGCGUCCUCAACACCACCAAGCCCAUCGCCUCCCGGUGAGUCUUGCUCCUGCCCUCCCGCUUCUCUGCCUGGUCUUGGUCCAGCUCGCGCCCUCCUCUCCCUAGCAGCACGUCCUGCAGGGGUUUCCGCAAGGGAGCCAACCAGAGCUAAGACUCCAACUAGUAAAGUAGUAACAGCCGUCACCCAUAAAAAGACAACCGUGCUGCCUCUGACCACCCGGAGGACCACCCCGGCCACUUCCGUCAGCAGCACCUCCAAGACUUCUGUGUCCAGAGAGACCAGCCCCACCAGCAGCCCCAAAGUGCCGCUGACAAGGACAGCUCGGAUCCCCAGCUCUCCUCCCUCCACCUCGGCCUCCAGCACGCCGCUCAGCACGCACCUGCCAUUUGCCGCCCCGUCCACAGUCUCAACCACGUCUCCCACAACAACUAGGCCAAAGCUCACACCUACAACACUAACGUCCAGAGCCUCUCCCACCACGACCAGUGUUUCAACAGAGACACUGCCAGCUGAGUCCUUUGCACCUACAACGGCCAAAACGAGCCCCCUCCCGUCGUCUGCUCCUCCCCCCUCCUCAACUGCGUCCUCAACACCGCCAGGCCCAUCGCCUCCCGGUGAGUCUUGCUCCUGCCCUCCCGCUUCUCUGCCUGGUCUUGGUCCAGCUCGCGCCCUCCUCUCCCUAGCAGCACGUCCUGCAGGGGUUUCCGCCGUCACCCAUAAAAAGACAACCGUGCUGCCUCUGACCACCCGGAGGACCACCCCGGCCACUUCCGUCAGCAGCACCUCCAAGACUUCUGUGUCCAGAGAGACCAGCCCCACCAGCAGCCCCAAAGUGCCGCUGACAAGGACAGCUCGGAUCCCCAGCUCUCCUCCCUCCACCUCGGCCUCCAGCACGCCGCUCAGCACGCACCUGCCAUUUGCCGCCCCGUCCACAGUCUCAACCACGUCUCCCACAACAACUAGGCCAAAGCUCACACCUACAACACUAACGUCCAGAGCCUCUCCCACCACGACCAGUGUUUCAACAGAGACACUGCCAGCUGAGUCCUUUGCACCUACAACGGCCAAAACGAGCCCCCUCCCGUCGUCUGCUCCUCCCCCCUCCUCAACUGCGUCCUCAACACCGCCAGGCCCAUCGCCUCCCGGUGAGUCUUGCUCCUGCCCUCCCGCUUCUCUGCCUGGUCUUGGUCCAGCUCGCACCCUCCUCUCCCUAGCAGCACGUCCUGCAGGGGUUUCCGCUGUAACCCAUAAAAAGACAACCGUGCUGCCUCUGACCACCCGGAGGACCACCCCGGCCACUUCCGUCAGCAGCACCUCCAAGACUUCUGUGUCCAGAGAGACCAGCCCCACCAGCAGCCCCAAAGUGCCGCUGACAAGGACAACUCGGAUCCCCAGCUCUCCUCCCUCCACCUCGGCCUCCAGCACGCCGCUCAGCACGCACCUGCCAUUUGCCGCCCCGUCCACAGUCUCAACCACGUCUCCCACAACAACUAGGCCAAAGCUCACACCUACAACACUAACGUCCAGAGCCUCUCCCACCACGACCAGUGUUUCAACAGAGACACUGCCAGCUGAGUCCUUUGCACCUACAACGGCCAAAACGAGCCCCCUCCCGUCGUCUGCUCCUCCCCCCUCCUCAACUGCGUCCUCAACACCGCCAGGCCCAUCGCCUCCCGGUGAGUCUUGCUCCUGCCCUCCCGCUUCUCUGCCUGGUCUUGGUCCAGCUCGCGCCCUCCUCUCCCUAGCAGCACGUCCUGCAGGGGUUUCCGCCGUCACCCAUAAAAAGACAACCGUGCUGCCUCUGACCACCCGGAGGACCACCCCGGCCACUUCCGUCAGCAGCACCUCCAAGACUUCUGUGUCCAGAGAGACCAGCCCCACCAGCAGCCCCAAAGUGCCGCUGACAAGGACAGCUCGGAUCCCCAGCUCUCCUCCCUCCACCUCGGCCUCCAGCACGCCGCUCAGCACGCACCUGCCAUUUGCCGCCCCGUCCACAGUCUCAACCACGUCUCCCACAACAACUAGGCCAAAGCUCACACCUACAACACUAACGUCCAGAGCCUCUCCCACCACGACCAGUGUUUCAACAGAGACACUGCCAGCUGAGUCCUUUGCACCUACAACGGCCAAAACGAGCCCCCUCCCGUCGUCUGCUCCUCCCCCCUCCUCAACUGCGUCCUCAACACCGCCAGGCCCAUCGCCUCCCGCCGUCACCCAUAAAAAGACAACCGUGCUGCCUCUGACCACCCGGAGGACCACCCCGGCCACUUCCGUCAGCAGCACCUCCAAGACUUCUGUGUCCAGAGAGACCAGCCCCACCAGCAGCCCCAAAGUGCCGCUGACAAGGACAACUCGGAUCCCCAGCUCUCCUCCCUCCACCUCGGCCUCCAGCACGCCGCUCAGCACGCACCUGCCAUUUGCCACCCCGUCCACAGUCUCAACCACGUCUCCCACAACAACUAGGCCAAAGCUCACACCUACAACACUAACGUCCAGAGCCUCUCCCACCACGACCAGUGUUUCAACAGAGACACUGCCAGCUGAGUCCUUUGCACCUACAACGGCCAAAACGAGCCCCUUCCCGUCGUCUGCUCCUCCCCCCUCCUCAACUGUGUCCUCAACACCGCCAGGCCCAUCACCUCCCGCCGUCACCCGUAAAAAGACAACCGUGCUGCCUCUGACCACCCGGAGGACCACCCCGGCCACUUCCGUCAGCAGCACCUCCAAGACCUCUGUGUCCAGAGAGACCAGCCCCACCAGCAGCCCCAAAGUGCCGCUGACAAGGACAACUCGGAUCCCCAGCUCUCCUCCCUCCACCUCGGCCUCCAGCACGCCGCUCAGCACGCACCUGCCAUUUGCCGCCCCGUCCACAGUCUCAACCACGUCUCCCACAACAGCUACGCCAAAGCCUUUGUCAACAGGCCUUCAUCCUUCAACCUUCACGUCUAGGAGGAGUACUACAUCUUUUUCUUUGUCUGCAAGCACUACAAGUUUGUCUACUGCAUACAGCAAAACGUCAUCAGUAAUAGUUCCUACUAGUAUCUCUGGCAAAUCCACUCCAGUUGUCAUUACAAGUGCAUUACCAACAAGAAUUACUUUUGCUCCAACUGUCAUUAUUACUAAUGCUUCUACAGAGAUCCCAUCCAUUGAAAGAACUUCGUUGCAAACAACAACACCAACCACCACCCGCACCACAUCUUUUCCUUCAGUCACUUCCAAACUCAGAACAUCUUCAGCUUCUGCUAGAUCAGUAACAGUGCCGCAAGAGAUUUGCAGAGAGGUUGAAUAUGAAGACAAAAUAACUUACAAAGGCUGUUCUGUAAACGUUACUUUGGUCCGAUGCGAAGGAUCGUGUCCAUCUUCUGCAAAGCUGAAUGUUGAAAACAUGACGGUCAACACAGUAUGUGGCUGCUGUAUGCCACUUACACUUCAAAAGAAGGAAUUCCAGCUACCAUGCCAAGACCCAGAUAAUCCUGGAAAAAGGCUCAUUACAGAAAUAAUCAUAUUUGGUGGCUGUGUUUGUGACUUUCACAGCUGCACACACUAG